AUGAGUAUCUCAACACCGAUGGUUGUGGAGUGUUGGCUGUGGUAUGGUUUGGCCGUAUCUGCGGUGGUUAUUCGCUUCAUAUCGCAAUAUCUGGUUCGCAAGCGAAACUUUAUAAAGGAAAUACCGGUGGACGAUUUCUUAAUGCUCCUGAUAGCUGUUAUAUAUACCACAGCAAUAUCCUCAUUGUUCAAAUACUUUGAUAUCGCGGCACAUGUUGACUUUGAAAACGUCACACCACACAACAACUUCGUUACUGGCCGGAGGCUGGGUAUACUGAACAUCCUUGCCGAGACAUCUAUACAGACGACACUCUGGGGUAACAAAUGCUGCAUCUUGCUGCUGUACUUUCGCUUGGCCCUCUUCGGUCACCAUCGCACAUUAUGGAUUGUGGUAUCGGCGUACAUAGGCUUGGCAUAUGUCACAGUUAUGGUGGCCCUGUACGGGGGGUGGUGCCGGCCAUUCUCAGAUUACCUCGUUCUGCAGCCGGGAAAUAUGGAAUGCCUGACCUGGAGGCAUUACAAUAUCCUUCAGAUGACAUUGAACCUCUCGACGGAUCUGCUUCUGCUAGCGAUACCCGUUACCCUGAUCAGCAGGCUGAAGAUGAAGAUUGGCAAAAAAAUAUUGCUCGUCUGCCUCUUCAGUCUCGGCAUAUUCGUCAUGCUUGCAGCAAUCUUUAUGAAAUUAAGCGUUUUUCUAGACUCCGACUCACCCGUGUGGUUCCUCUGGAGCGUCCGCGAAGUUAGCACCGCUAUGAUCGUCGGUAACCUCUCUUUGUGCAUGCCCAUCGCGCGCACUUGGUGGCGCUUCUUCUUCCCUGGCAGCAGCAACACCACGGGCAACAAGUCGUCUGCGUCGUCGGCGGCGCGGACGACCAAGAAGUCCACCUCGGCUGGGAGCAGCGAAGGCGACUGCGGGGAGUCGUACAAGUUGUCGUCGCCCACGAGCAGGACACAUGACGAUAUCGAGAUCAUGGGGAAGACGGAGGUGAGGAGCUCGCAUCAGAGGCUUUCUUUGGACGAGGAAGACGUGUAG